UCCCCUGACACCAAGCCCGGGACCUGUGGGCAGAGAGCGGCCCCUACCUGCAGCAGCAUCGCGCCUUCCUGAGAGAACAGGAGCCUGGGAUCCCCGGAGUACUCAGCACUGGGCACUUCUGAUUGUGGACCCCUCUCAGCACAGGGGCACGUUGUGGGCACACCUCGGAGCCGGUCCUGAGUAUGUGACCCCCUUCCCACAGACACCACUUCUAAAACUGGAAUCUCCACAACUGGAACUGGAAGCAGUGCGUGCUGCAGACUAGAGUCAGGCUGCUGCAGCAUGCCCCGCCUGUAGGGGGCACUCUACCUACUGACUGAGGAUGCCAGAUAAAAUGUCCAGCUUCUUAUAUAUCGGGGACAUCGUGUCUCUGUAUGCGGAAGGAUCAGUCAAUGGCUUCAUCAGCACCCUGGGGUUGGUGGAUGACAGAUGCGUGGUUCACCCAGAAGCCGGAGACCUGGCGAAUCCGCCAAAAAAGUUCAGAGAUUGUCUCUUUAAGGUCUGUCCUAUGAACAGAUACUCUGCUCAGAAACAAUUCUGGAAAGCAAAGCAGGCAAAACAAGGGAACACUGAAGCUGCACUUCUCAAGAAGUUACAGCAUGCUGCCGAACUGGAGCAGAAACAAAAUGAGUCUGAGAACAGAAAACUCCUGGGAGAAAUUGUCAAGUACAGCAAUGUUAUACAGUUACUUCACAUCAAAAGUAACAAAUACCUCACCGUUAACAAGAGGCUGCCCGCCCUGCUGGAGAAGAACGCCAUGCGUGUUUCCCUCGAUGCCGCUGGGAACGAAGGCUCCUGGUUUUACAUCCAGCCUUUCUGGAAGCUUCGAAGCGAGGGAGACAAUGUCGUGGUGGGAGAUAAGGUGGUCCUAAUGCCAGUUAACGCCGGGCAGCUGCUACAUGCCAGUAACAUAGAGCUACUGGAUAAUCCUGGCUGCAAAGAGGUGAACGCUGUUAAUUGUAACACAAGCUGGAAAGUUGCUUUGUUUAUGAAGUACAGUGACUACAGGGACGACGUUCUGAAGGGCGGUGAUGUGGUCAGAUUGUUUCAUGCAGAACAGGAGAAGUUUCUGACUUGUGAUGAAUAUGAGAAGAAGCAGCACAUCUUUCUGAGGACAACGUUGCGCCAGUCGGCCACAUCUGCCACGAGUUCGAAAGCCCUAUGGGAAAUAGAGGUUGUGCACCAUGACCCUUGCCGGGGAGGCGCUGGCCAGUGGAACAGCUUAUUUCGAUUCAAGCACCUGGCUACUGGGAAUUACCUUGCGGCAGAGAUGAACCCAGAUUAUCGGGAUGUCAGCGAUGGCAAAGUUACCAAAGAGGGAGAAAUACCAGUGUCCAAGAGAAAGUGGACGGCAGGGGAGAAGAUCAUGUUCGCUCUGGUUUCAGUGCCUCAUGGAAAUGAUAUUGCGUCUCUCUUUGAACUGGAUGCCACCACCCUACAGAGGGCAGAUUGCCUGGUGCCAAGGAACUCGUACGUCCGACUGCGGCAUCUGUGUACGAACACUUGGGUAACCAGCACCAGUAUACCUAUUGAUACAGAUGAGGAGAGACCGGUUAUGCUAAAGAUUGGAACCUGCCAGACGAAGGAAGACAAAGAGGCAUUUGCUAUCAUUUCUGUCCCUCUUUCUGAAGUGCGGGAUUUGGAUUUCGCUAAUGAUGCCAAUAAAGUUUUAGCCUCGACAGUAAAGAAAAUGGAGUAUGGAAACAUCACGCAGAAUGAGCGGAGGUUUGUUACUAAACUUUUGGAGGAUCUGAUAUUCUUUGUGGCUGGAGUUCCUAAUAACGGGCAGGAAGUGCUGGAUGUCGUGGUCACCAAACCCAACCGUGAGAGACAAAAGUUAAUGAGGGAGCAGAAUAUUUUAGCACAGAUUUUUGGAAUCUUGAAGGCACCAUUUAAAGACAAGGCUGGUGAAGGCUCCAUGCUUCGUCUUGAAGAUCUGGGAGAUCAGAGAUAUGCCCCCUACAAGUAUAUACUUCGUCUGUGCUACAGACUUCUGAGACACUCACAACAAGACUAUCGCAAGAACCAGGAAUAUAUUGCAAAGCAUUUCUGCAUCAUGCAAUCACAGAUUGGCUACGACAUACUGGCAGAAGACACAAUUACGGCUCUGCUACACAACAACCGGAAAUUGCUGGAAAAGCACAUCACAGCCAAAGAGAUUGAGACUUUUGUCAAUUUAUUAAGACGCAACAGAGAACCCAGAUUCCUGGAUUAUCUAUCAGAUCUGUGUGUUUCUAACACAACUGCAAUCCCUGUGACUCAAGAGCUCAUCUGCAAGUUUAUGCUGAGCCCAGGAAAUGCUGAUAUUCUCAUCCAGACCAAGCUUGUCUCAAUGCAGAUGGACAACCCCUUGGAGUGCUCUGUGCUUUCAGAUGAUAUUGAUGAGGAGGAGGUUUGGCUAUAUUGGAUCGACAGUAAUAAGGAACCGCAUGGUAAAGCUAUUCGACACCUUGCACAAGAGGCAAAGGAAGGAACCAAAGUGGACCUUGAAGUCUUAACGUACUAUAGGUAUCAGCUGAACCUGUUUGCACGGAUGUGCCUGGAUCGUCAGUAUCUUGCCAUCAAUCAGAUCUCCACGCAGUUGUCUGUGGAUCUAAUCCUGCGUUGUAUGUCCGACGAGAGCCUGCCUUACGAUUUACGGGCCUCCUUCUGUCGCCUCAUGCUUCACAUACACGUGGACAGAGACCCCCAGGAAUCAGUGGUACCGGUGAAGUAUGCCAGACUCUGGACUGAAAUUCCUACACGAAUCAGCAUCCACGAGUACGACUCUUGUACUGACUCCUCCAGAGAUGAGAUGAAGAGGAAAUUUGCUCUCACAAUGGAGUUUGUUGAAGAAUAUCUUAAAGAAGUGGUGACACAGCCUUUUCCUUUUGGCGAUAAGGAGAAAAAUAAACUAACGUUUGAGGUCGUUCACUUGGCGCGGAAUCUCAUUUACUUUGGGUUCUACAGCUUUAGUGAGCUCCUCCGACUGACCCGUACCCUGCUAGCCAUUCUAGACAUCGUCCAGAGCCCCAUGACUUCUUACCUCGAGAGACUCAGCAUAUUUCAGGAUGGAGGUAACAAUGUAAUGAGGACCAUUCAUGGCGUGGGCGAGAUGAUGACGCAAAUGGUUCUCAGCAGGGGGUCUGUGUUACCCAUGGCGGUGCCUGAUGUGCAGCCAGGGCUCCAUUCCAGCAAGCAGACGACUGAUAGUGAAGAUAUUACUGUUAUGGACACCAAACUAAAAAUCAUUGAGAUCUUGCAGUUCAUACUUAGUGUACGGCUGGAUUACAGGAUUUCCUAUAUGCUGUCUAUUUACAAGAAAGAAUUUGGGGAUUUUAGCGGCGGCAUUGACAACUCCACAGCUUCGACAGUUACUCCCCCUGACUCCCCGGCUCUAUCAGCGGCAGUGGUACCUGAUAUUGAUGAAAUAGCAGCGCUAGCGGAGACCAUGUUUGCAGGAAGCAAAGAGAAGAACCCUGUGGAACUUGAUGAUGAAGGUGGUAGAACAUUCCUACGGGUUCUCAUCCAUCUCAUCAUGCACGAUUACCCUCCACUUCUUUCUGGAGCCCUCCAACUUCUCUUCAAGCAUUUCAGCCAGAGAGCUGAGGUCCUCCAAGCCUUCAAACAGGUUCAGUUACUGGUGUCAAAUCAGGAUGUCGACAACUACAAGCAGAUCAAGGCUGAUCUGGACCAAUUACGCCUGACGGUGGAGAAAUCUGAACUUUGGGUUGAAAAGAGCAAUAGUUACGAGAGCGAGGAGCUGGGAGACGGGCAGGCCAAGGACGGCAAAGAGCAGAUUAAUGAGGACGCAAGUAUUCUUGACCCAGGGGAAGAUGGGAUUAAGAAGCCCCAGAUUGACAGCAACAAGGCCAACAAUUACAAGAUUGUAAAAGAGAUUCUGAUCCGGCUGAGUAAGCUUUGUUCUCAGAGCAAGAAGGGUCGCAACCAGCAGCAGCGGCUAUUGAAGAACAUGGGGGCUCAUUUGGUGGUCUUGGAUCUGUUGCAGAUUCCAUACGAGAAGACUGAUGAGAAAAUGAAUGAAAUUAUGACCCUCGCCCACAUCUUCCUGCAAAACUUCUGCCGCGGAAAUCCUCAAAAUCAAAUACUUCUCCACAAAAACCUGAACCUCUUCUUGACUCCGGGGCUUCUGGAAGCCGAGACGAUGCGGCACAUCUUUAUGAACAAUUACCACUUGUGCAAUGAGAUCAGCGAACGUGUCGUCCAGCACUUUGUGCACAGCGUGGAGACUCAUGGCCGCCAUGUUGAAUACCUGCGGUUUCUGCAAACCAUAGUAAAAGCGGACGGGAAGUACGUGAAGAAAUGCCAAGAUGUGGUGAUGACAGAGCUGAUCAAUGGCGGUGAGGAUGUGCUCAUUUUCUACAACGAUCGUGCUUCGUUCCCUAUCCUCCUACAAAUGAUGUGCUCAGAGCGGGAUCGGGCAGAUGAGAGUGGACCCCUGGCAUAUCACAUCACUCUGGUGGAGCUGCUGGCGGCGUGCACUGAGGGCAAGAACGUCUAUACCGAAAUCAAGUGCAAUUCGCUCCUGCCCCUGGAUGACAUCGUCAGGGUGGUGACACAUGAUGACUGCAUACCAGAGGUGAAAAUCGCCUACGUGAACUUUGUCAACCAUUGUUACGUGGACACAGAGGUGGAAAUGAAGGAGAUCUAUACCAGCAACCACAUCUGGAAAUUGUUUGAGAAUUUUCUGGUUGACAUGGCUCGAGUAUGUAAUACGACCACUGACCGCAAGCACGCAGACACGGCGCUGGAGAAGUACGUGACCGAGGCUGUAAUGAACAUUGUCAGCGGCUUCUUCAACUCUCCAUUUUCUGAUAACAGCACAAGCCUGCAGACCCAUCAGCCUGUCUUCAUCCAGCUCCUCCAGUCAGCGUUCCGAAUUUACAACUGUACAUGGCCGAACCCGGCACAGAAAUCCUCAGUGGAGUCGUGUAUAAAAACUCUGGCAGAAGUGGCAAAGAAUCGUGGGAUAGCCAUCCCGGUGGAUUUGGACAGUCAGGUGAACACACUUUUCCUAAAAAGCCAUUCUAAUAUGGUGCAGAGGGCAGCUAUGGGCUGGAGAAUGACCGCCCGCACUGGGCCCCGAUUCAAGGAUGUACUAGGGGGCCCAGCUUGGGACUACAGGAACAUCAUUGAAAAGCUGCAGGAUGUCGUGGCCUCUCUGGAGCAGCAGUUCAGUCCGAUGGUAUUAGCUGAAUUCUCCGUACUGGUUGAUGUUCUGCACAGUCCUGAGCUCCUGUUUCCUGAUGGGACUGAUGCCCGGAUCCGGUGUGGAGCCUUCAUGUCAAAGUUGAUUAAUCACACAAAGAAACUAAUGGAGAAAGAAGAGAAGCUUUGUAUCAAAAUACUUCAGACGUUGCGAGAGAUGUUAGACAAGAAAGACGGCUUCAGCGAACAGGGGAUGACGUUGCGGAAAAUUCUCCUGAAUCGCUACUUCAAAGGGGAGCCUGGAUCCUCCAUGAAUGGACCUGUAGGGUACAGUAAAUCCGGCCCUUCUGGAGGUUACUCCACCCAGGAAAAUGACCGCAAGACUGGUGCAUCCAUGACUGAUAUCCAGUGUCUUCUUGAUAAAGAAGGAGCCUCGGAAUUGAUCAUUGACGUCAUUGUUAGCACCAAAAACGACCGGAUAUUUUCUGAAGGCAUACUAUUAGGAAUCGCAUUACUGGAAGGGGGGAACACACAGAUCCAGAGCUCAUUCUACCAUCAACUCAAUGAACAGAAAAAAUCUGAGAAGUUUUUCAAGGUUCUUUAUGACAGGAUGAGAGCGGCACAGCUGGAAAUCCGUGCCACUGUCACAGUAAAUACCAUCGACUUGGGCACCAAGAAGAAGGAUGAUGACUGUGAUUCAAUGUCAUUACCAAAACGCAGAGCACGGGAUUCUCAGUUGCAUCUUAAAGAAGGGAUGAAAGGACAGUUAGCUGAGGCGUCCACAGCCACAUCCAAAGCGUAUUGUGUCUAUAGGAAGGAAAUAGACCCAGACCUGGAUCUUAUAGGUCCUGGAGGGGAUAAUGGAGGAGGCGAUGAGAAGACAGUGGAAGAAGCCGUGAUAGUCAGUCCUGUCAUAGCCAUCAUGCAGCCGAUUCUAAGGUUCCUCCAGCUGCUCUGUGAGAACCAUAACCUUGGAUUACAGAACUUUUUGAGGAACCAGAACAACAAAACCAACUAUAACUUGGUGUGCGAGACCCUGCAGUUCUUGGACUGUAUUUGCGGGAGCACAACGGGUGGCCUGGGUCUCCUAGGACUCUAUAUUAAUGAGAGAAAUGUGGCUUUGGUGAAUCAGACCCUGGAGAGCUUGACUGAAUAUUGCCAGGGUCCCUGCCAUGAGAAUCAGACAUGCAUUGCAACGCAUGAGUCCAAUGGAAUCGACAUAAUCAUCGCCUUAAUUCUGAAUGACAUCAAUCCGCUUGGCAAAUACCGCAUGGACCUGGUGCUUCAGUUAAAGAACAACGCCUCUAAACUGCUUCUAGCCAUCAUGGAAAGUCGUCAUGAUAGUGAAAACGCAGAGAGGAUCCUGUACAACAUGAGACCUGGAGAACUGGUGGAUGUAAUAAAGGCAGCUCAUAACCAGGGCCUUGAGAGCGAACAUGAUGAACAUGGGCAGGAUGAUCAGGUGUCCCCAAGAGCCGUGGGUCAUAACAUUUACAUCCUGGCCCACCAGCUGGCUCAUCACUACAAGACUCUGCAGCAAAUGUUGAAGCCGGGUAAUGAUCCGGAGGGGGGAGAUGAAGCUUUGAAAUACUACGCCAACCACACGGCACAAAUUGAGAUUGUCCGUCAUGAUCGUACCAUGGAGCAGAUUGUGUUCCCCGUACCGAACAUCUGUGAAUAUCUGACCCGGGAGUCCAUGUGGCGGGUGUUUGACACCACAGAGAGGGAUGAGCAAGGCAGCAAAGUCAAUGACUUCUUCCAGCAGACGGAAGAUCUGUACAACGAAAUGAAGUGGCAGAAGAAGAUCAGGAAUAAUCCUGCCCUCUUCUGGUUCUCCCGCCAUAUUUCACUCUGGGGCAGCAUCUCCUUUAAUCUGGCUGUGUUCAUCAACCUGGCAGUGGCGCUGUUUUACCCGUUUGGAGAUGACGGUGAUGAAGGAACUCUCCCUCCCUGGAUCUCCAUUCUGCUUUGGAUUGCUGUGGCUAUCUGCACCACCAUGUUAUUUAUCCUUCCCAAACCGUUUGGCAUUCGGCCGUUCCUGGUGUCCGUCAUGCUCCGCUCCAUUUACACCCUGGGCCUGGGGCCUACUCUCAUAUUACUGGGAGCAGCUAAUCUGUGUAAUAAGGUGGUUUUUCUGGUGAGUUUCGUGGGGAACCGCGGCACGUUCACACGAGGCUACCGAGCAGUGAUCAUGGAUAUGGCAUUCCUGUACCACGUGGUGUACGUCAUUGUCUGCAUGCUGGGACUGUUUGUUCAUGAGUUCUUCUAUAGUUUCCUGUUGUUUGAUCUCGUGUAUCGGGAAGAAACUUUACUGAAUGUUAUAAAAAGUGUAACAAGGAAUGGGCGCUCCAUCAUCCUGACUGCAGUGCUGGCACUGAUCCUCGUCUACCUCUUCUCAAUCGUUGGGUUUCUCUUUCUGAAAGACGAUUUCACCAUGGAGGUGGAUCGGCUGAAGGGCAGGACCCCAGACAUGGAUAAUGAGAUCCGUGCGUCUUCUCUUACGUCAAUGAUGGGCUCGUGUCACAAGGAGGAGUGCUCCACAUCGAUACCGCUCACAGAUGGAGUCACAGAAGAAGACGGGAUUGAACGUGCCUGUGACACGCUGCUGAUGUGUAUCGUAACAGUCCUAAACCAAGGUCUGAGGAACGGUGGAGGUGUAGGAGAUGUUCUCCGGAAGCCUUCAAAGGAUGAGCCCCUCUUUGCUGCCAGGGUUGUGUAUGAUCUUCUCUUCUACUUCAUUGUCAUUAUUAUUGUCCUUAAUCUCAUCUUUGGUGUCAUUAUUGAUACAUUUGCUGAUCUGAGGAGUGAGAAGCAGAAGAAGGAGGAGAUCCUGAAGACCACGUGCUUCAUCUGUGGUCUGGAGAGAGACAAGUUUGACAAUAAGACGGUGUCAUUUGAGGAGCACAUCAUGUCAGAACACUGCAUGUGGCAUUAUUUGUACUUUAUUGUCCUGGUCAAAGUCAAGGACCCAACGGAAUAUACAGGCCCGGAAAGCUUUGUGGCUAAAAUGAUUGCAGAAAAAAACUUGGACUGGUUCCCUCGGAUGCGCGCCAUGUCUCUUGUCAGUAGUGAGGGUGAAAAUGAGCAGAAUGAAAUCAGGAAUUUGCAAGAAAAACUGGAAUCUACGAUGAGCCUGGUGAAGCAGCUGUCUGGACAGCUAGCCGAACUCAAAGAGCAGAUGACAGAACAAAGGAAAAACAAGCAGCGUUUGGGAUUUCUGGGCUCAAACACCACUCAUGUCAACCAUCAUCUCUCUCCACAUUGACGCUAUGGAUAAAAUGUCAGCAUCUCCGUUUCCCUAUGCUGUUGCUUUUUCGGGGCAUGUAUGAGAAGAAGGAUGAUGGGGCAGAUACGGAGUGGACUGAUCAGAGCCACAUAGUGAUCUACAGAGCAGUGGACCUGAUAGGAGACCAUGACUGCGGAUAUACAAGGGAUCGCUGUGCUGUGUCAUACUUGCACUUGUUGGAUAUUAAGUUGUCAGAGACUUGCUGACAGCAAUCAUAAAACUGGAUAUGUACUAAGCCAUGACUGCACAACCCAAGGUGUAGCGGUGCCUUUAACACAUGAACAAGGGAUGUUCUCAUAGAGACUUAUUGGUGGAAUUUGUACAAUUCUUGCUUUUUUAUUUCUUCGCUAACUCAAGGUGACUAAAAUCUGAGCUCAUCCAGUUCACGUGGACAUCUCAUUACAAUACAGGGAGUCAUUUUAAUGCUGGCUUAAAGGUUCACCAGUUUUAUGUAAUUGAAGCUUAAAGGGGUUUUCCAAGAGUUACAAAUAGGAUAGGUCAUCAGGUCAGCUGUACAGUGAGGCUGCAGCACUCCGUAAUCGCUUAGGCGUCUUCCUACGCCAUGUGACAUCAUCACCUUUGUCAGUCACAUGGCCUAGGCGCAGCUCAGUCCCAUUCAACAGAAUUGGGCUGAGCUGCAAUACCAAGCACAGCCACUAUACAACGUACGGCGCUGUAAUUGCCAGCUGCGAGGAGGCGCUCACGAGAGCACUGCGGCCUCCUCGAGCAGCUGAUUGGCGGGGGUGCUGGGAGUCAGACCCCCGCUGACCUCAUAUUGAUGACCUAUCCAGAGGAUAAUGAAUGGUAAUGAAAAUGUUGGCAACUUUGUGUUUCAGUGCCUCACACAGUGAAUGUGAAGAUUCUUGCUUGAAUCCAGCAGCCUGACCUAUCAAAUCUCAACAGGGCCUCUACAGUGGGCUUGCUCAUAUCAUCACAUACCUGCCAUAAUCAUGAUUACCCACUGCUUGUUCACCCACAGCAGUGGCAUGUGUUGCUUCCACGGUUAACGCACCUUAGGCUUCCGUUUGUUGUAAUGUAUAAGUAUGAACAAUCCCCUGUGAGGUGAAUAGCUUGGGCUUCAGACUGAUACAUUGUAACAAACUAUUAGGAUUGCUUACACUGGAUACAAUUGCAACAAACCAUUAGCUGUUAGAAAUAUCAGGUCUUGAUAUAAAUAAGAUAGUUUCCAUUCACUGGCUGCAAGCAGCGAUCUUGAACUUGAUGAAGAAUUGAUUAUAAAUGAUAUCUAUUGGAAAUUUGCAGAAUGUUUACUGUACAGGGAUUAAUCUUCACUGUCAUAAAACUGAACGAACCCUUUUAAAUCAUCACAUAUUGUGGAUUUUAUCAUGUUUUAUGAAUUUUAAAGAAUUCUGUACAUCGGUCAGUCGGGGGUGAAGACUACCACAAUAAAAAAAAUGUAAUAGACAA